UAAAUAUCGAGAGUGUGGAAAACUGAGUAAUAUCUUUAAUUCUCAGAUACCACUCACCGCGCCCACUCUCUCUCUUUCUCUUUCUCUUUCUUUCUUUUCUCUCUAAACAUAUUUUAAAAAGAAAAAGAAAGGAAUAUCGGCUCCGGCAUGGCAAAUUUGGGGCCGCUCACCAUCUGGUUCAACAAGAAGAUCGUCGAGCCUCUCGUCGACAUCCUUCGCAGGGGCGCCGAGCCUAAGCUAUUGGCCUUCUCUGCAGCCCUUGGCUUUACCAUCGGACUCUUUCCAAUCUGUGGGACUACUGUGAUUCUCUCUGGAUUGGCGAUUGCAUCUCUGGGAUCUCACUGCCAUGCCCCAACCGUCAUGGUCCUCAAUCUCAUUGCUACACCAGUUGAACUCAGUUUGAUGGUACCCUUCUUGCGCUUUGGUGAAUACGUCACCGGCGGGCCUCAUUUCCCGUUGACUUCUGAUGCUUUGAAGAAAGUUUUAACCCUCCAAGCUUCACAUGAAGUCUUACUAAGUAUUGCACACGCGUUGUUGGGAUGGCUUGUUGCGGCUCCUUUUGUUUUCGCUUUGGUCUAUAUACUCUCUUUACCAUUGUUUAAGGUGUUGGUUCACAAGUUCAGCACGGGUCCUUCAAGCCCGAAAAGACCACUUUCACCAUCAGAAGUCAGGCUUAAGAGUUUCUUUCAAGAGGGAAGACCAGAUGACAUGGAUGAGUUGGAAGAGCAUCUGUUAUGAUAAUAUUGGAGUUCUUACUGUGGGUAGAUGGUAGUAUUUACGCAAAUGUCAUCUUUUAAAAUCCCAAAUUUUGUUCAUUUUCAGCAGAGAUAUUCACGUUCUAACCUCCCUAGCUUUCUUGACAGAAUGUGCAAGUCACACUUUAGCCACUGAGGAGGGGGUUUUUGUUUUUUUUGUUUUUUGUUUUUUUCCUUUUCAUUCCACUUGGUCUCUAUCCCCACUCUGAUCUAAUCGAGCAAAAUUGAAGUUUUUACCCGAAAUCCAUUUGGUGAUAGUUCAUUAUGCAUAAUCAGGGUGGUGCCGAUAGCAAUUGAAAAUGAAAUCUUUUGGUUCAUUCCCUAUGUCUGCCCUUCAAUUUGCACUCUGGUUCUGUGUCCAAGGAAAUCCAAUUAUCCAAAUAACCAGAUCCUUGUAUCCUAAUUAGAAUUGAUGGCUGAAUAUUAGGUUGGGUGUUUGAAUGUCUCUGGUGGGAUUCAAGACAGCUGACAUCAUUCGUCUGUAAUAUUUGUGCAUGUGUAAAUUCAUUGCGGACAUAUGAUGUUCAUCCAUUUCACUCUCAGGAGAUAUGACAAAACAGAAAUUCAAUUGUCAAUUGACAAGGUUGGAUGCGACAACAGAGAUGAUGAUGCUAAUCAGUCGGUUCAAUUCUUGAUAUGGUUGUUUUUGUGGCAAUAGCUCUGGUCAGUAACUGCUAGUGAUGUAAUUCUCUUCUCAGGAGUCUUCACCCAAAUUAAGUUUUACGUAAUGUUCAGUGUUUAGGUGGGCUAUUCAGUAAGUAUGUUUUCUUUUCAAUUACAAGGAAAAAAACAACUCUUUAUUUUAACUAGACAAUGCCCUACCCUUUCUUUAUAGGGUAGAUUCUUCCCAGGAUACCUUAGCUAUGGCCAAGUGAACACCUUGUACACAAUAUUUUAAAGUAGACGGUUUGGCUGAAGUUUGGUUUUAUACAACACUUUGGUACUUAUGUCAAUUUUUAUAUUAAAUGGGAAGUUAAAAUGGA